CAUUAAGUUUGAUUUCCUGGAUAAAAGCUACUAAUACUUGAAGAGGGAGCAGCCUUUAAUCUCUCUGCAGAGCCAGUCAGUGAAACGACCGUUUGCUGACCGCAGAGUCCUUGCUAGUCCUUGGUAGUUCUAGGGCUAACCAUGCAGUAGACAGCUUGUAGGGUCAGCCAACACAAACCCUUCGCUUCUCAGAAACUUCACCAUCCUCGGCGUUACGGAGGAAAGAUGUAAACAAGUCCCAUGGAGCUCAAGCACCUUUUGAUGUGGCUCUUGCUUGGAUCCAUCAUGGGGACAAGGGCAGAAAAAUGCCCACCUCUUUCAACUACUGAAUUUGCUGACGUGGCUGCUGACACAUAUCCACUGAAGACCAAACUGCGUUAUGAGUGUGACAAUGGCUACAGGAGAAGAAGUGGGAACUCCUUGACCAUUCGGUGUUUGAAGGUAUCAGGGACUGCUUCUUGGGUCCACGAUGAACUUGUAUGCAUUGAUGAGAAAUUUUUGUUCUCAAAGAAUCACACAGCUAAGUUAAAUUCUACACAAGAGCCAGCAAGAGAAACCCAGAGCCCAGCACCUCCGAAGCAAGUAAACAAUUCAAGUUUUUGUGGUAUGCCCAAAACUGUCCUUCAUGCCUCUCUGAGCGUACAACAAGUAUAUUCUGUGGGGCAAGUAUUACGUUUCACAUGCCCGACUGGCUACAAUAAGCAGCUUCCUACCUCUGGCACCAUCACGUGCGAGAAUGUGACUGGAAGAAUCAAGUGGAUGCCCCUUGAUAAGCCAUGUACCAGUGGCAGCAGCCCUAUAAACAAGCAGCUGUCACAUCUUAUUGAGGCAGGUCAUUUUCUUCCAUUCAUAAUUACCCUUAAUGCUGUCAGGAUGAAGGAACUUCUCGCUACAGUGGAAACAAUCCAUCAACACGCCAGUCCUAGAACAGGAUACAACCUCUUGAAAAGUCAGAGAUUAUAAAUAUUUGAAGCUUUAAAACUAGGACUACAAAAAACAAAUGUCUGGAUGGUGACAUGGGCCAUCUGGGCCUUUAAAUUCUUUAAUUCAACAGAACAAUAAUUUCAUUUUCCUGCAAAAGUGCACUAGAGCCUGAGUAAGACCAGUCUUUUUUGUCAGUGCACUGAAAAUGUAUUCACCCUAAGGAACAGGCUGCCCAAGGAGGUGGUGAAGUCACCAUUGCUGGAGGUGUUCAAUAAAAGGAUAGAUAUGGCACUGAGGAAUAUGGAUUAGUGGGGAUGGGUGGAUGGCUGGACUGGAUGACCUUAGUGGUCUUUUUCAAACUUAAUGAUUCCAUGGUUUUAUUUUUUUUUCCUUUGUUACUAUGUAGUGCCUUUAGUGGAGCCUUAUAGGGUCUCUCCUUUCUCUGCUUUCUCCUUAGCAGUGAACACAAACAAUUUAUCCACUCUUAAAAAAACCUCCCUUAUUAGAAGGUAAAAAGCCUUCUAAUACCUCAUACUGAUGUAUGAGAGUUCAGAACUUCCUUUUUGCAGGAUAAGGGAGAAAUUCAGUGGAUUUCUAUCACUAGGAAGGAUUUUGUUUCCAUUUCUGGGGAAAAAGAGGUCCCAUUUGAAGCCAUAUUUCCAAAGUCUUGUUUGGCACUUUGACAGUCAUCCUUCCCAGUCUCGUGUGAAAUACAGAUCUUAGCUGGAUCCUAUUCCCUCCAAGCCACCUCAUGCCCACCCUUGGCAGAUACCAGAUCAGCAGAUAUGUUGCUAUCCAGGCUGGCAACAUCCAUCGAUGGCCAGGAAGCAAACAUGACAAUUACUCAGUGUGCAGUGGCAGACCUGUCACACCUAACACAACUUUGCCCUCAUUACUACCUCGAUGCUGGGAUGAGCUCUCUCCUCACCAGAAGAGCAAAUCAAUACAAAAUCAAGAUUUUCUCUCCCUUUGUAUGUUCAACUCAUCCAUCCUUUUCCUCAUCACUGAUAUGGCCAGUGACAAGUAUGUCAUUUUGUUAACUGGGCUCAGACUUCACCUCAUCUUGUAGAGAAUUACUUUGCCUUUAAUUUGCUGUUCUAUUGAAGAGAUCCAUCUCUGUUCUAAGAGCCAGUAAGUGUACUGCAAGACAUACCUGUGCCCAUGGAUCAGAUGAAAAGUCAGUAAAGAAAGUGUGCAGACUGUUUAAGCACUACAGCUUUUUACGAAGUGGUUUCCAAAGGCGUAUAAGGGGUGUAAAGGAAAAUAAUCACCCAAAAAUCUGUUUUUUAAAUGAAGUAAUUUUCAAAUUCUUCCUCUGAAACUUUAUGUGAAUUCAGUGCAUAUCUUCCACUGAAGAAAGGGAGGAAAAUGUAAAUAUUUAAAUGAUGUGUUUCUUACACAUUUCCAAAGGGCUGAAAGAGGACGGGAAAAUAAAAUAUUUGCUCACAGCUAAAACCGAUGCAUUUAGAUCAGUCUGAAAUGAUUUUCUCCUCCCCCUUCCCCAUCUCCCAUUCAAUCAUUAGCUGCUAAAAUAGAAAUCAGCUCUUACUGUGCAUAUGCUCAAGACUUCGUACAAGGGCUCUUGAUUCCAGCUGGAGUCUGCUGGCAGCCGUAGCGCACAUAAUAAUGAAGAGGAAUAAUGUAGUGUGAUAAAGGAAGGGAAGGAAGGAUAUUGCUAACUAUGCCAGAGGAUGCAACAACAGGAUCUCCUGGUUAUUUGGCCAUGGUUGCUCUCUUGUCUCCCAGAUCCCCUCUGGCUGGGUCUGUUUGUCCCCAGGAGCAAAGCAAUGGGGCCAUGUGGGGGGAAUUAUUGUCUCUGGGCAUAGAGACAGGAUAAGCUGCUCUUCUAUUUCUCCCAGUUGGGGUAACUGCAGUAAUCCCUAUGGAGCACUGCAGAUAACUCCAGGUGCUGAUUUUGUGCUGAUUCUGUAUUUUUUUGCAGUCAUUUUUUCCAUUCUGCUUCUCCAUUCUGCUGUCUUUUUGUGAGUCACCGAGCAGAGAUGAUAAACGGGAAGGAACCAGGAAAAUGUGAAACCUAAAAAAAUCCCUGGAAGAGCUCUCAGCCGGAUCUGCCACCUCAUUACUGCACUGCUUGGAUUUCUGAAUACCUUCUCUGGUAUUAAAUAAA